AUGGCUCCCCAUUCUGAUCAUGGGCCCGACCCAGAUACGACAUCGAGCACGAAUGAGGUGGAUAUUCCAAUUCUUAUUGUAGGCGGGGGGCCAACGGGGUUCUUUCUUGCUCAUAUGCUCUCUCAAUUUGGAGUCAAAUGCCUCGUAAUCGAGCGUUAUCCAACACGAUUAGCUGCGCCCAAAGCACACGCCUUAUCACCCAGAACUCUAGAAAUCUGUCGACAGUUUGAUCUCGAUGUCAAUGAUGUCCGAAGGCUGGGUACCCAGAGGGAUGAUGCGUACUGGGUUAAUUUCGUCACGAGUUUGGCAGGCUACUAUGUCGGAAGUCUCCCUUACGAACGAAUGGACGCGGAAGUGCUUGAACAUACCUCGACGAUGAUCCACAACAUUCCGCAACCUACAUUCGAACAAUUUGUUGCUAAACGACUUGCCAGAGAUGGAGUCGUGGAGAUUCGGAGGAACCAUUCUUUCGUAAGUUGUAUGCAACACGGUGAUCGAGUUACGACUUUGGUAGAAGAUCGUGAUGCUAAGAAGACAUACGAGGUUUGCUCCCGGCAUGUUAUUGCCUGCGACGGAGCUAAAAGCAGAGUCAGAGAGACUUUGAAGAUUGAGAGUGAAGGAGAGUCAACAUAUGACACUAUGAUGACCAUCCACUUUAAUGCGGAUCUUCGCCCAGUCAUAAAUAAGCAAGUUGGAAUGCUGCACUGGAUCAUGGACCCCGAGGUCUCGGGGUUCAUAAUUGGGUACGAUCUGAGUGGAAAUCAAGUCCUUAUUUGUAACUUCGAUCCAAAUAAGCAUCCAGCUGAGAGCUGGGAUGAGCAACACUCUCGCAAAAUUCUAACGGCGGCCAUCGGCUGCUCCAUUCCUUUCGACGUACUCAGCUGGCGCCCCUGGGUGCUGAGUCGGAAAGUCGCUGAGAGGUACAGUGUUGGAAACGUCUUCCUAGUUGGAGAUGCAGCACAUUCGUUUCCUCCAACAGGAGGACUUGGACUCAAUUGCGGUCUAGCAGACGUCCACAACAUCGCCUACAAGCUCGCCGCCAUCCACCAGAAAUGGGGCGGGCCGUCUCUCCUCGCAACCUACGAGUCCGACCGUCGACAAGUAGCCCUCGUCUACUCCCAGCAAAGCGUCAAGAAUGGGCAGCAAAUAUUCGGACUCCUUAAAACCCUCGGCACAACCGAUAACGACCUUGAGACUGCAAAAAGGAACCUCUUCCAACGAAUCAGUGAUCCCAACAGCCGCCCUGACGUUCUGAAAGGAAUUGAGGGUCAGCGUGAGCACUUUGAUAACCUCGGCCUGCACAUUGGAUAUGUUUAUGGCGAUACUGAGAUUCCCGCCAGUGCUUCUCUCUUCGUGCCUUCCUAUCGCGCUGGUGCUCGCCUUCCUCACGCUUGGCUAACCAGUGCACCCUCAUCCGCUAAGCUCCCGAAGUUUCCUCCAAUCGACUGUUCAUACGUCGACGAGCUCGAUGCCUCAGCUCUAGGAUACAAGCAAUUCUCCACUCUGGAUCUCUGCGCCUUCGAUGCCUUCACACUGAUUUUCUCCACGGCCUUUACGACACAUUGGUCGAAUGUACUUUCGGAGUUGCGACCCAAUCUCCUGAAAUCUGCGGGAAAUGGGUUGAAGAUUAAUGCUGCUGCGCUUGGCGAAGAUUUUGAGCUUGUGGCUGGCGCGAGGAGGAAUGAGUGGGUUAUGGGGUUGCAGUUGGAGCGUGGGGCCGCGGUUUUGGUGAGGCCUGAUCAGCACAUUUUGAAUUGCUAUGGGGUGGAUACGCAAGUGGGCGAGAUAUUGAAGGGGUUGGUUACUCAUUUGGGACUUUGA